CGCGACGAGCGCGACGCCAUUACUAGAUUGCGUUCUCUUGUGAAAAGUCGUGCGCAGCGAAGGCCGGCGUCGUUUCCGAGUGUCCGUUUGAUCAUCGUUGUUCCUGGUUCUCGUACGAGCCACAAAAUGCCGGGUUUUAGCAGCGUUGGCACAUUUAAAAUCUUCAUCGGCAAUUUAGCCGACAAGACCUCGAACGCCGACAUCAAGCCGUUGUUCGAGAAAUAUGGAAAAGUCGUCGAGUGCGACGUGGUAAAAAAUUAUGGCUUUGUGCAUAUGGAGAACGAGGAGGCAGGGAGGAAUGCGAUUCAGAAUCUGAACGGGCAUAUGGUCCAUGGGCAACCGAUCAAGUGCGAGGCUGCAAAAAGUCGUAAGGGGCCGAACACCCCCACGACGAAGAUCUUUGUCGGCAAUCUCACGGACAACACGAAGGCGCCUCAAGUGCGCGAGCUCUUCGCCAAGUACGGCACAGUCGUCGAAUGCGACAUCGUACGGAACUACGGCUUCGUCCAUCUGGAGGCGACCGGCGAUGUCAAUGACGCCAUUAAGGAGCUGAACGGGCAGAUCGUCGAUGGACAACCGAUGAAGGUGCAGAUAUCCACCAGCCGUGUACGACAGAGGCCAGGAAUGGGCGAUCCCGAACAAUGCUAUCGUUGCGGCAGAGGCGGCCACUGGUCGAAAGAGUGUCCCAAGGGUGGAAUGGGCGGUGGACCGGACAGGAAUGGAUACAGAGACCGAAUGUUUGGUCGCGACCCCUACCCGCCCCCACCGCCACCGCCAUUCCUGAGGGACCGCCUCAUGGGUGGUGGCCGCUUUGGGGACUAUGAAAGCUACUACGACAGGAGAGGCUUCGAGGACACCAGGGAUCUCUACGAGAGGCGGUUUACGGGUAUGACAGGGCCCUGUGACAUGGGAACUUCCAUGUGCGGGCUAGACUUUCCACCAAUGUCAAUGCCACCUCUACCACCCAGACGAGACCCAAUGCCUGCUAUGCCUCCUCUAGGUAUGGGAUCCAUGCGAGACACUGGCUUCUCCCGCGGAAACGAGUAUGGCAUGUUCAGCCGCCGAUCACCCCCUCCGAGUGGCAACAACGGCCGGUUCAGUAGAGGCAUGUACGAGGACUUCAGCCGAGAUUCGUUUGAGGAACGUAGACCGGGAUUACGAGGCCCAUCGCCGUCGCGCCGGUUCGCACCAUACUAAAUCGUCGCGUCGGGCUCGGAUCGGUCGGAUCUAUAGUUCGUCGGUCGGGUCGUCUAUCCGUCGGCUAGCAGGAAGCCUCGGAACCGAGAUACUCUUGGCCGUCUGUUGAUCUGCACGCGCGAAGAUCUGCCGCCCGCUCUAUGCGAACGAAUGCUACCCGUCGCAGUGCGCUCUAUUACGGAAAUAAAAACGCCCAAUAAGAAAAAUAAUAAAAAGAAAAAAAAAAGAACCGGAGAAAUGAACAGUAUAUCUCAGAAACACACCAAAUGAGUCUCAGCCGUCAAGUCACAGUGAUAUCAUGCAGAACUUUUUUUCAGAAUUACACGAAUUCUCCCCCCCNCUCCCACUCGCCCCGCGACUGUCCGACCUUCUCCUCGAGAUUCUCAUCGAUCCCUUUGCUCUCCCUUACUCACACACCCCCUUCUCUCUUUCUUUCUCUGUCCCUCCCGCCUUCAUACACUUGUAUAAAAUCAGAUAGGAUUAUCCUCGUCGUAAGGACUCGAUGAUAUAUACGUGUAGCUACACCGCGGAAACUCCUCGAUCCUUGACGGAUUAAUGUUGCUCCGGUGCGAACGUUGAUCUUAGCCGGCCCCUCGGAAUCACAUGGACUCUCCGAGUCUGGGCUCUCUUUCGCUUUUUUUCCCCCCGCUUGAUUUCGUUCGGGAUCGACGAGCGUCCCGGUGGAGCGGUAUUCUCUUGCGGUGACGCGCCAUCACCAUCUGAUAGACACGUAACACACCUACACACACCUACACACACACACACACACACACACACACAUAUACACUUUGUCGGGUGGUGCUUUCGGUUUUUCUGUGACGAUGACGCACCCCUGCUUCUCGCCGCUGCGUAACGAUCGAUAGACGACGACGCGCUCCCUCCGUGUCGCGCGUACACGACGCACCUCUCUGCGGGAGUCGCUCUCGAAUGAAUGAUCGACACAUAUACAUACACGCACACACACUCCGAUAUCGCUAUGCGGCGUGUUCAUCGCGUAGGGAAGAGCAAAGAAAAAAAUAAUCCAUACGAUACCUCCGAUCUCGACUCGGUCUCUCUCCGCGCGCGCGUGGACGCGGUCUCGCGCAGCAGAGGAACGCGCGCCGAGUCCUCCCUCGUCGUCGCUUAUCAUUAGGUCGAGACGACGUAUCUCGUCGGGAGAGGUAGCGCGGACAUUCUCGCGGCGAAAUGGCGGGAACGUCUACAAGUGAGCAAUUGCGGAAAUGCGAUCUCGCUAAGUAGGAAUGCGCCUCGCGAUUUCGGUGAGGAAGGAAGAGAUCGCGCGCGUGUCGUCUCGAUCGGGACUCUGUUUCUUUCGAGGGGAUGAACGCGACGCGCGACCCUUUCCGAGAGGGGGAGCUUGGCUCUGAGAGAAAUGCGGAAAUACGCGAGCCCGUCGAGCGAGUGAUAUUGUAUCUUGAAUAUGACGGGACCGACGAAUUAUGAGAGAUACGCGUUUGUGUCGCCGCGACCUGCAGUAUUCCAUUGUUACUUUUCACACCGGUUGUUUUUGUAUGAUCGCUCUCCGGGAGAAUGAUACAGUCGCGAAUUCGAAAAUGUAUUUGUACACGUAUUAAAUAAUUGCACUCCAAUGUACAUAUAUCUAAUAUAUACAACAAAUUUAAAAUGAGUUACAAUAGUAUAUAUCAGAUAUAUGUAUAUGUGUGUCAACUCCUCUCUCUCUCUCUCUCUCUCUCUCUCUCUCUCUCUCUCUCUCUCUCUCUCUCUCUGUAUGUUACUUGUAAAAUGUAUUUUUUCGAUGUGCACUAUUAUCACACCGCAUAUUCUUGUACACGUAGAUGCGUGUUCUAUUAAAUGUACGUACUAAUACGCUUACAAAUACAUAAUCAGAGUCGUUAUUCGCGAAUACGAUUGGUUUUUAUCGUCGGUCUAUUGCGAACGUGGAAAAGUGUUUAGAGACCUUGUAUGUUAAACAUACUCGCGAAGCAAUUUAGUGGACCGUAGUUGUAUUCGCGCGCCUAAUAAAAGUAGCUUUUACCGAAAUUCUUCAACCUGCAAUGAGGAAGUUCUAAUGGGUGGGUAGUAAGCGUGCGGGUUUGAUCGUUGAAAAGUAUCCGUUUUCACAUUACCUCAACGUUUUAACGGGCGAAAAAGGAAGAUAAUUAUAAUCGGACUUGGAUCCGCAGAAUGCGUCGAUUGCGUAUGGGAAAACUUAAGUGGGCCGUGCGACCAUUUAUCGUUAGGGUAUAUAGUAACGUAAUCAUUUUAUUAACGUAGAAUUAACUCCGACGUAAGGAAGGAAAAAUGAAAAAAAAAAAAAGAAAAAAAAAGUAACACGGAUUAUCCGACAUGACAAGGGACAAGUAAUAAUCGUCGUUAAUUAUGCCCGAGUUGUAGCCUGUAAUAAUCGCACUUUCGUUUUCUCUCGAGCGUAGACACUUGUAUAAGCCGUUUUUUUUUCUCUCUUCUCUUACCUUCCCUCUACGUCUCUUCUUUUUUUCGCUGAGAACCGCCGUGUUUUCGGAUUAAGGAUUAUAUGAAUAAUAACCGCAAUGAUGCUAAUGAUAAUAAUAAUAAUGGAUAUUAAGAGAAA